GAAAGAGAGAGAGGGACUUGAGUUCUGUUAUCUUCUUAGUAGAUUCCUAUUGUCAGGGUCUCAGAGGGGGUGGGGGGGUUGGAAAAUCCUGGAGCCAGAAGAGAGGACAGCGGCAUUGAUCAAUCUUACUGCUAACAUGUUGUACCUGGAAAACAAUGCCCAGACUCAAUUUAGUGAGCCACAGUACACGAACCUGGGGCUCCUGAACAGCAUGGACCAGCAGAUUCAGAACGGCUCCUCGUCCACCAGCCCCUACAACACAGACCACGCGCAGAACAGCGUCACGGCACCGUCGCCCUACGCGCAGCCCAGCUCCACCUUCGACGCGCUGUCCCCGUCCCCCGCCAUCCCCUCCAACACCGACUACCCGGGCCCGCACAGCUUCGACGUGUCCUUCCAGCAGUCCAGCACCGCCAAGUCGGCCACCUGGACGUAUUCCACUGAACUGAAGAAACUCUACUGCCAAAUUGCAAAGACAUGUCCCAUCCAGAUCAAGGUGAUGACCCCACCUCCUCAGGGCGCUGUCAUCCGUGCCAUGCCUGUCUACAAGAAGGCUGAACAUGUUACUGAAGUGGUGAAACGGUGCCCCAACCAUGAGCUGAGCCGUGAAUUCAAUGAGGGACAGAUUGCCCCUCCUAGUCAUUUGAUUCGAGUAGAAGGGAACAGCCAUGCCCAGUAUGUAGAAGACCCCAUCACAGGAAGACAGAGCGUGUUGGUACCUUAUGAGCCACCCCAGGUCGGCACCGAAUUCACGACGGUCCUGUACAAUUUCAUGUGCAACAGCAGUUGUGUUGGAGGGAUGAACCGCCGUCCAAUUUUAAUCAUCGUUACUCUGGAAACCAGAGAUGGGCAAGUCCUGGGCCGACGCUGCUUUGAGGCCCGGAUCUGUGCUUGCCCAGGGAGAGACCGGAAGGCGGAUGAGGACAGCAUCAGGAAGCAGCAGGUGUCGGACAGCGCAAAGAACGGUGACGGUACGAAGCGCCCUUUUCGUCAGAACACACAUGGCAUCCAGAUGACAUCCAUUAAGAAACGGAGGUCCCCAGAUGAUGAGCUGUUAUACUUACCAGUGAGGGGCCGCGAGACCUAUGAGAUGCUGCUGAAGAUCAAGGAGUCCCUGGAGCUCAUGCAGUAUCUGCCUCAGCACACGAUCGAGACAUACAGGCAGCAGCAGCAGCAGCAGCACCAGCAUUUGCUGCAGAAACAGACCUCGAUGCAGUCUCAGUCUACGUACGGCAACAGCUCCCCACCUCUGAACAAAAUGAACAGCAUGAACAAGCUGCCGUCCGUGAGCCAGCUGAUCAACCCGCAGCAGCGCAACGCGCUCACUCCCACCACCAUCCCCGACGGCAUGGGAGCCAACAUUCCUAUGAUGGGCACCCACAUGCCAAUGGCUGGAGACAUGAAUGGACUCAGCCCCACCCAGGCCCUCCCUCCCCCACUCUCCAUGCCAUCCACCUCCCACUGCACUCCCCCACCUCCGUACCCCACAGAUUGCAGCCUUGUCAGUUUCUUAGCGAGGUUGGGCUGUUCAUCAUGUCUGGACUAUUUCACGACCCAGGGGCUGACCACCAUCUAUCAGAUUGAGCAUUACUCCAUGGAUGAUUUGGCAAGCCUAAAAAUCCCUGAGCAAUUUCGCCACGCCAUCUGGAAGGGCAUCCUGGACCACAGGCAGCUCCACGACUUCUCCUCCCCUCCCCACCUCCUGCGGACCCCAAGUGGCGCCUCUACAGUCAGCGUGGGCUCCAGCGAGACCCGGGGCGAGCGCGUUAUAGACGCCGUGCGCUUCACCCUGCGCCAGACCAUCUCCUUCCCACCCCGUGAUGAGUGGAACGACUUCAACUUUGACAUGGAUGCUCGUCGCAACAAGCAACAGCGCAUCAAGGAAGAGGGGGAGUGAGCACCAGGGUGUGAACUCUUCCCAUCCUCUCCCCAUCUGUCUGCCUCCCUACAGGGCGCUAGUACUUGACCUUCGAAGCAUUUUCCCUAGCUCCUCUUCUUCCUCUUCUCAGUCUGCCUCCUUAAGGGAGGAAGAAGUAAGAGGGUCUCUUUGAUCUAAUGUCCAGCCUGGCAUCUGAUUCUGGUUCUGGCUUUAAGCCUUCAAAUCUAUUGCUUGCAGGACUGAAGUUGUCAUGUGUAGGUGGAAGUGAGCAAAAGAGCAGUGGGUGUCUCCUUAAGCUGCAAAGAUUCCUCAUUGACUUUUAUAAAGCAUUUUCACCCUUAUAGUCUAAGACUAUAUAUAUAAAUAUAUAAAUAUACAGUAUAUAUUUUUGGGUGGGGGCAUUGAGUAUUGUUUAAAUGUAAUUUAAAGGAAAGGAAAUGGAGUUGCACUUAUCAACUUAUUUUUUUUUAAUUUACUUGUUUGGAUGGCUUAUCUAUACCCUUUCUUUCAUGGGGUAUCAUGUAUGUAAUAGGUAUCUACAGCUUGAUGGCACACAUGACUCAUAAAAAUGUCCCUUCCGUUCGUUUGAUGCUACACAAUAGCCACAUCAGACUUUUGGGUUGAUCAAGUAGUUUUUACAUUGCGUAUAUUAUGGGUGAGACUGUAUACAUAUGUAUAUGGUUCUCUAUGUUGGCGUUUUUUUAUUUUACUGAUAUUACUACUAGUGAUGGCAGUUCACUUUGGGGUUAUUAAAAUACCUUUUGAAGCACAGCCAAUAUUAUUUGAUAAAUGCUUCUUUUGAAAACCCUCCUAUUAUAUAACAUUCUGCAAGUAGAGGCUUGCUUAUCUUUCUCUCUUCAAGGUUUAAAACAAGAGUAGUGAAAUUCUAAAAUUAUUAGACCAGUUUUCCUGUGGCAUCAGUUGGAUCACUCUAUCAUUUUUCAUUUUUGAUCAAUAAGAGUUUGACUUUGUUGGAAAAUAACUGUGAGAAUCGAGUUUCCCGUCCAUCUCUCUUCUGGACUGUCAUAGACAUAAAAAUGUCCCCACAGAUCAGGGAAUAAGCCUUCCAAUGGAGGUGAUGCUUGAACCACAUAAAUGGAGAGUUAUCUUCAGACUUUGGGAAAAUGUGUGACAAUAUUCCUAUAGAUCUUUCAGAAAGAUGCUUUUUUCCCCCAAAAACUCUAAAACAAAUAUUUUGUACAUAUACCAAUGAAAUCUAAAAUCCUUCUGUGCAUUCUGGUAAAGGGCUAUGAUUGCACAUAAGCUUCCACUUUUGUUUUAAAGUGCAAAAGGGCUAACAUUGCUCAAAAGGAUAAUGUAUGAGUUUCAUCUGAAAAGUGUAUAUAUAUUUUGUGUGUGAAAUUGCAUACUUUGUGUUUCAGUUUUUAUUUUCUUCUUGGGUUAGUGGGUUUUCCAGAACCACAGCUGAAACUUUUUUUUAUUAUUAUUAUUGUUUUUAUAUUUUCAGGGAAACACCAUUUGGUAAGACUAUGAUGUCAAAUAAAAAAAAGGCUAUAAACUGUAAGAUAGGGGGAAGGAAAGUUGUUUUUUAUUAUUAUUUUUAUUUUGUAUGUUAAAGAGAGUAAGUCCUUGAUUUCAAAGUUUUAUUGUGCUUAAAUGGUAAGGGGCACUGUUAAUUUGUAGAAAAAAAAAUAUGCAACUUUGAAAACCUACUAAGAGGGGGAAUGAAAACUGUGCCUUGGCAAUACGUGGGGGGUCAGAUGGCUUCCCCUACUGUCUUGAGGGUUUGAACAAACCUAGGACUUCUUCUGAGAUAUUUCAGCACUGUUCAAGUAGCACUAGGGACUCAGAAGUUCCUGUACUGUAUCUUAUGUGUUUGGCACUAGCCAAAGCUAAGCACAACUACUGGCCUCAUGUCCUGGUGGCAACUUCUGCUCUUUGAGUAUAGGAGUAGCUAGGAAAAGAAGAGUAGACAAGUGGAGAGUGAGCUUAGUAGAAUUCUACAGGCAGAGGGCCUCAGCUCAGUGCACUCUGCUGACAAGUGGAUGGGUUUUUGGUUUGAGGUGAUUGGAAACAGGGAGAAUAGAACUUUCUUCAUUAAAUCCAUUUGCCUUUUGUUUUCUUGAUAUUCUCCUAAAAUACAAUAUGUGGGAUGUUGAAUGUCAAAGGUUGUGUUUUUUUUAUUAUUUUUAUAAUUGUACAAAAGUCAAAUGUCAAAUGUUUUAUAUGCUUUAUUAAUGUUUUGAAAAUUUCUUUCUUAUAGAUGUGAUACUUUUUUUUAAGCUUCUGUUGCUUGUCUUUUGGUAUUUUGUGUAAUGGCCUUUUGGUGAGCCAGAGGCAAAUUAUAAGCCAUUUAUGUUUGCCAGGACAUGCAAUAAAAUUUAAAAAUAAAUAAAAAUGCAUUGAGAAAA